AUGGCAUACAUUACUUACGAGAAUCAAUUAAUCUAUGAUAUAUUGAAGCGAGAAAAUGAAGUUCGUAAUGAUGAUGCGGGGACUAAGUUCAUCUCCUCCAAGUUUAAAGGUAAAAGGGUCCUCAUUCUUCUUGAUGAUGUGGACAAUAUUAUUCAGUUGAAGUGUUUGGUUGGUAAUCGUGAUUGGUUUUCUUCGGGAAGUAGGAUCAUUAUUACUACCGUAAAUGAGAGGAUUCUUGAAGAAGUUGGGGUGGACUACACCUACGACCAUAAGGAAAUGGAUAAAGAUCAAUCUUUGCUCCUAUUUAGCAAACAUGCAUUUCGAAAGGACUCUCCUCCAAGGGAACUUAAGGACCUUACUUGUGAAGUUGUAUCCAAAACUGGAGGACUUCCUUUGUCCCUUGUGGUUUUAGGUUCAUUAUUGUGCGGAAAAAAGUUAGCAUUACGGAGAGGUACAAUAGAAAAGUUAAUAAAAGUGCCUCCUAAGGAAGUGCGAGAGAAGUUAAGGAUAAGUUAUGAAGCAUUAGACUAUGAACAAAAACAAAUAUUUUUGGAUAUUGCUUGCUUUUUCAUUGGCAAUGACGGAAGAAUUGCAUCCUAUAUGUGGGAAGCUUGUCGGUUCUUCCCCGAGGAGGGAAUUGAAGUAUUGAGAAUCAUGUCAUUAAUAAAAAUUGGAGAUGAUCAUGAGUUUCGAAUGCAUGAUCAACUGAGAGAUCUUGGUAGGGAAAUAGUUCGUGAGGAAAACCAGCGGGAGCCUCGGAAUCGUAGCGAGUUAUGGGAUUUCGAGGAAGUCCAAAAAGUGCUAAAGGAAAAUAAUGGAACAGAAAAGAUUGAGGCGAUUAUUCUGAGUGAAGGCAGCUCAAAAGUCUCCGGCAAAACAGCUGAGCGACAUGGCGACAUUUACACAGAAAAACAAUUCAAGAAUUUGACGAGUCUAAGAUUCCUUCACAUUAAGAGGGCACAUCUCAGUGGAGAUUUUAAGGACUCAAUUGAGGGGUUAAGAUGGCUUCGAUGGCAAAAAUGUCCCAUGAAUUUUGAAGUAUACAAUUUCCAUGUUAAGGAAUUAGUUGUACUCGAACUGUCAAAAAGCGAGAUAAAUGAGAAAUGGAAAGGAUGGAGUUCUUUCACGGUGGCAAAGAAGCUCAAGUUUCUCGACCUUACAAGUUGUCUGUCCUUGGAAAACACGCACUUCCUCUCAGCUUUUAAGAAUUUAGAGGUUCUGAUCCUCAAUAGUUGUUGGGGACUGCAGCAAAUUGACUCUUCAAUUGGAGGCAUGAAGGCCCUCCUUCGCUUGGAGUUGAUCGGCUGUGACAACCUCAUGGAGAUUCCAGCAGAAAUCGGUAAAUUAAAAGCACUGGAGCAACUCCUUCUAGAAGAUACUCAAAAACUUUCUGCAUUACCGGACAGCAUAGAUUCUUUGCAGAAUCUGGAAACUCUAAAUAUUUCUGGCAGUGGCAUAAAAGAAUUACCCAACGGUAUUGGGAGGCUGAGAAAGCUCCGACAUUUAGAUGCUUCAAGGUGCAAUAAACUGGAAGGGGUAAUGCUAGAAAGUAUAGGGUCUUUGGAGAAUCUAGAAAUUCUCAAUGUUUCUGAAACCAGCAUGAAAGAAUUACCCAUAGGUAUUGGGAGGCUGAGAAAGCUCCGAGAGUUACAUGCUUCAAGUUGCAGAAAUCUGAAAGGGGAAAUGUCAGAAAGCAUGUGCAAUCUUUCAUCCCUACAACGCCUUGAUUUUCUUGGCUGUAUGGAGCUCCAAUCGCUGCCAGACCUUCCUUCCAACUUAACAUAUUUGGGUGUCACCUGUCAAAGUCGCAAAUUGCCUUCACUUUCCCACCUAACCCAUCUCAAGGAACUACAAGUGAGUGAAUGCAAAUUUCUCGAGUGCAUCCAAGAGCUUCCAUCAGCACUAUUAAAGAAUUCAGAAUGCUCCCAAUGGACAGAUGUUGAACAAUCAGAAUUAUCGCAAUCCCUAAACACUCCCUUCAAGUUGGAAAUCUUGGAAGUCCGUCAUUGUGAAUCUAUUGAAACACUGGACCUUCCACACUUCGGACGUCUGAAGAAAUUGGAUGUUCGUGAUUGCAAAAAGUUAGUCGAAAUUCAAGGUCUCGAUACGUUGAUGUUCUUGGAAGAGCUGAGCAUCUCCAAGUGCGCUUCAAUUGAAAGACCGCUUCUUCCAAAAUCCGGGGAGUUUGAAGAUAUUGACGGCUAAAUCGUGCAUGAACUUAGCCGAAAUUCUUGGCCUUGAUGGGUUGGACUUCUUGGAAAGUUUGUAUCUCUUUGAGUGCGCUUCACUUGAGGAGUUACACCUUCCAAAAUCUGGUCGCUUGAAGUCAUUAAAUGUUACUGG